UAGAUCCAUAACUCUUCCCCUGCUUUAUAGGCUACCUGCCUAAUUCCCCUGUAGAUCCAGUGAUGUUCUCUCUAUCCUGUCCUAUAAUAUCAAUAGGAAAACUCUUUUUAUUUCACUCCUGCAGUCACGGAGUAUCACCUUGGAUUAGUGUGUUUUGUCAGUUGUCCAACCUAAAAAUAUUCCUUGUCUCAAGCUUAGGUAGGGCCACUGCUUGUUUGGUUUUGCUUUGGCUCACAGCUCAUUGGGUAUAUUGCUUUAACAACUUUGUGCUAAAGCUACUCACAAAAUUACAUAGCCUUCUACUUUACUUUGUGUGAAGGGUGUGGAACACAAACUACUAUUUCUUUACUUGCCUUUCCAGCGACAUAAAACUAUCUUGUGAGGGGGACCAGAAGAGAUGUUUUUUCCCCUGGUGUGACAGUUAAUGCUCUUUGAAAUACUCCGUCAUGGAACAACCUUUGGAAUAAUUGCUGUGACGCUGAUUGUUGGGAACACACAUUCAUUAGACUCAGCUGGUAUUAGUUGGAGUCAUUACCCUAUGAAUGUGGGGGGUCUUGUGCUGUUGAUAUGCUUCACUAAUUAUUGCACAUUAAGCACUGUCUGAAUCCUAAAGUCCAUAUACAGAUCUUUCAUCUUGAUGGACAAUGGAGAUCUUCCAGGGCUGAACUUUUUCUUCUAAAGGCUAGAUUACUCCUGACUAUAUAAAUAAACUGUCUUGGUAGUACCCCAGAUCAAUUGAUGGAUCAGGAGCAGUGAAGGGAUGAUCUGGGAAAAAAUGGUUUUGAAAUGUCACCCCUUGGAAAGGACCCUCUGGAGGCCUUGAGGACCUUAGCCUUUUCAGAAAACGCAGGUUUACAGCAGUCUGCUGCCCUCUAUUACUUGCAUAUGAGUCAGCACAUGAACAUCUCCCUGCCUGUGGAGCAUCUGGAACCCUUCUAUGCGUUACUAAGGUCUGCUGACCUGGAGGUGCAGCAGAUGUCUUCUUUGUCCCUUGUAAACUUCUUGCUGGAAGGAAACAUUGACAAAGAAUUAGUUGUCCAAAUGGGUUUACUUGAGCCAAUUCUGGAUCUGCUCGAGUCAGAGGAUGCCACUGUCCAGUGUAAUUCCUGUGCCUGCACCAUGACUUUGGCAGUUUCAGAGUCCAACCGAGAGGCUAUUGGCGCUGCUCAAGGAAUUACACCCCUACUGUCUCUUGCCAAUUCCUAUGAUCCUAGAGUCCAACAAAAUGCAGUUGGUGCUAUUCUCAACCUCACACAAUCAGAGAAAAUCCAACAGGUCCUAUGCAAGGAAGGAGCCCUACCAGUUCUUGCCUUGCUGUUGGAAUCUCCUGACUCAGAAGUGCAGUAUUACAGCUGUGCUGCUCUGAGCAACGUGGCAGCCAAUGUUCAGUACCAUGAAGCCAUGCUGAGACCCAGCAACAGAUUCCUGUUGCGGACACUUAUCUCUCUCCUGUCCUCUUCCGUGGAGAAGGUUUCAAGCCAGGCAUGUGUUUGCCUACGGAAUUUGGCUACCAGUGUGGACAUCCAGGCUGAGAUGGUUGCUGAGGAUGUCCUGCCCAAGCUGCGUGCUCUCCUGGCUUCUGGCAGUGAGGAUGUAUGUCAAGCCUCCAUCGCUCUGCUCUGGAUACUGUCGGAACACCCACACAACCAGGACACUCUGGCAUGUGCUGAGCUACUACAGAGCCUGGGGAUGCUACUACUGGCACAUAAAACAGACCCUGUGAUUGUUGGCCAUACUGCAUGUAUCAUCAAAAACCUGAGCCUUUCCAAACACAGACAGAGAAUUGUUGAGAGCCCAUGUGUUGAAGGUCUCCUCCAGACCAUGCUUUCUACCAAUACUGAAGAAGACUCUCUUCAUCACGUGACAUCUUGCCUUGCUGAGCUAGCAAAGCAAGGAGCCACAUUACACAUGGUCCAAUGGAUGGAUGAACCCUUGACAAAGUGCUUGGUGAGACUGGCUGGCCAACUGGAACAUACUGAGCCAUCUUUUCAAGCUGCCUCUAUCAUCCAGCACAUGAUAGGUUACGAAAAAAUGAUGCUUUUGUUGAAGCGGCACAUCAGAGAUAUUCAGGCCUACCUCAAGAAUUUUCUUACCCAUCGAGAGAUCCGCUUUCAGCAGCUGGGCAUCUCCACAUUCUGCAGACUGCGAGACGAUCCAGAAUUUUCAUUAGAAUUCAGAGAAACCCAAAUGGCCAAACUCCUUGAGCAACUCCGCCAACAAACAGAAGAAACUCAAGAGCUCCUUAGGGCAGCUAUUUGCCAUGAAGAUAGUUAAUAUUUAAGCCAGAUAGCUUAUGAAAACUUACCAAAGCCUUCAGAAUUUUCAGAGAAGACAACUCUUUUCAUUGCUUCCUGUAGUUUAAGGUUUCCUGCUACUUACAAUUUCAUCAAAGAGAUGUUAUCAUAACAAAAACCCAAACGGGUCAAACGACAAUCCCUUGUACACUUUGGCUGGCUGCUGAAGUGUGCUUGAGGACUAUGGCUACAUUCCUUCCAAAGGGUUUGGAAAGCACACGUUAUACUUGGGUAAUCCUCAGUGGUUUGUUUUUUGUUUCCUCACCCCCACCUCCAAAACAACAGCGCUGUAUUCAUAAGGUUUUAUUAAUGUAACAGGUGGAUUCUUCUGAAGAGGCAUCUCUCAAGUACACAGGUUACUCUGCAUUCAUCUUUAUUUUGUUUCUGGUCCAUGUCCUUUAUCUCAGAGCACACUCCAGGGUCUUGACUUUAGAAAACAAUUGAAUUAACAUACAAUAUAAAGGUGGCAAACUACUAACAGGUUACUACAGAGAGUAACUGCUGAAGAACAACUCAGAAAUUGAAAGCAAUUUAUAAGAAAUUAGAACAGGGCAAGCCUUAGGGCUGGUCCUUACCUACAUUGUAGGCACUAAACUCCAGAAGAGCAAAGGCACACUGAGGCAGGUCAAUGUUGCAUAAAGCAUGCUCAGAAUAUAGCAGCUACCAUUGAUUUGGGUGAGAUGCGUUUGAAUACAGAAAUCUGUGCUCUGCAAAUGGUAAAUUAUUUCCAAAGGUACUUGCAACCAGGCAAAAGUGAACAUAUUUGGUAAAAUUAGAAAUUUAUCUCCUAUAUUCUAUCUUUCAUCAAUACUUUUUGUUUUAAAUACAAAAAUCCUCCUGGAGCUUCAUGUUGAACUGGCUGGAAUGCUGAAAUUUUGGAACCACUCUUACAGCAAACAUCUGCUUCCAGAUAGCAUUUUCUUAUUAAAACAUUUCAGAA